UGGAAAAAGCUGUUCUGAUACCUCUUCCUUACUAUUAGAAAUUUUCAUUGUAAAUAUUAAGCAAUCGAGGCGAUAUUUGGAAAAAGACAAUGACAUAUCUAAGGCGAUGUUUAUGUGUUAUUCUGUGCUUCACGAUGGAUAUUCCUAAGAAAGUCCUGUGCUUUCCCCAAAAUGAAAGGAAAAUAUGUUUGGAACAAGCUUUACAAGUGCAUGCAAUGAUGGCCGACCAAAACUGUCCUCUACAGGAUCUAUCAAAUAGGCACAAAGGUAAUAAUACAUGUUCGAUGUCAUGCAAAGCAAUAUAUGUGUUCAAUAAUGAUCUAUUCGAUAAAGAUCAUUGUGUUGAAUACAAAAUCAAUUUUCACUAUAAUGAAAUGAAAUCAACACAGAUGACAGACAGUCUAUGUGAUAUUAAAAAGUGCAUAAUCGAAAAUAUAACCAUUGAAUGUUGGACGCAGGGCAACAAUCCAGACCAGCUUAAUAUAUUCGAACACAACAAAGAGAAUGGAAAUGAAUGUCUUGGUCCAGGUAUAAUUGCUGUCCUAAUUGUGACCUGCUUCGUUGUCGGGUGUCUCUUUGGAAUUGGAAUCCUACGUGUGAAUUACAACCUCCUGAAUCGGCACAAAGACAAUCGAUUCCCGUCACCAGUAUCCUAUCAGCCUAGUCACCAAGAGAGAAGUGGUUUACCUGAGGGCAGAGUCAUCAUCAAUCCAUUAGAGGCAGAAUAUGCUGGUAUCGAAGAUAAUUUUAGAGUACAUUAUUCCGAGUCAUAGAUUUUAAAAGAAAUGUUUUUAUGGUGAUCUUUAAAAGCGAAGACAUGGACAAGUCUUGUCUAUCUUGUUUACAGGCAACACUUUGUAAAGGCUACGGUUGUUAAAACCAUCUUAUUUGCUAUUAUACAUUUAUUGCAUGAUAGUGAGGGAGAUAUGAAGAUUUAUUCACCCAAGAAAAAUCAUACGAAAUACAGUGAUAUGAUAACCAGUUUUUGUAUUUCCAUUCUCCUUAAAUGCUAAUUUACUUGCUUGUUUUUGUAUCAACCAAAACCAUACGAUUCAACUGUGUAUUAGAGACCCACAUAUUUUCUGCCUUACGAACUGUGAAAGUAGAAUGACUUAUUGUGACGUCACAAUAGACUUCGUCUACCUUGACGUUAAAUUUAUGGAAAUUGCACGAGUCUGCCCAAGGGCUAAAUAUGAUAGGGAGAUAUGAUGU